AGGUUACAACGUUCGCAUUUGUUAGGCGUAGCCCCAGUUGUAGUUGUGUCCCGCCCCCAGGAGGUGUGCCAUACACCCUCACAUUGUGUCCAUAAAGUGGGAGCACACCAAUCCUGCUCCCUCCUCCUCCUUACCCCGCCCCCAAAUCUAGAAUUGAAGAGGCAAGGAUGAUUUUGAGUCACAAAAUGUCUUUGGUUCACUUUUCAGCUAAGGGGAAAAAAAAAAAAAAAAGUCCUUUGUUGUUUAUAAAGUAAAUCUUGUUCAUAUAAAUCUGCAUAUAUAGUGUAAGUUUUUAAAAAGAUCCCAGUAAAUCAUCAAAUAACCUGGUCCAUUUAAAUAGUAUUGAUCAUCAUAGGAUUAUUCAGAGCAGUUACUGUACAACUACACAAACACAACAUGGCUACACGUACUUUAUUUGGAAUUCUGUACCGUGAAAACAUUUCUAUAAGAGGUCAACCAUCUUUUAUUGAUCUAGGAACUAUGGCACUGAAAGCGUGAAUAACCUAAGGUAAUGAUGUCGUCACCAAGGGACAAGAAUAGAAUCCAAAUCCCUAGACUCUCAAGCUUGUUUUUUCCACUAAUUGUGCUCCUUUCUGCUCAUCUGAGAGCAUCAAGUGUAAAGGGUUGGAGAAGGGAGUGGACACAAAUGAGCCAAGCCUGCGAGGUGGAGACUGCACUGAAGGUCCAAAGGAAUCGCCCUUUGGCACUUUGCUUUUGUUUGGGCUGAGGAAGAUGAAAGCAGCAGCAACCACAAACCCCUGGGACCAAGAACUGGAACUAGGUACCGCCCGUUGUGGUAACUCUCUCUUCCUCUUUGUAGGCCUUUCCUUUCAGCCUCUCCCUUCCGGCCAAGCCUGGCGCCUUCUUCACCUCCGCGGUUUCUCUCCCUCCUCCUCCAGCCCCACUCUGCGGCGCUGCCAGGUGUCUGCAGAAGAGGCGGCAGCAGCGCCACGCUCGGCCUCCGCCAGGCCCUCGCGUCCAGCCCUUAGGAGAGGUGCUCCAGGGGUUCGUAGCGCCACAGCGUCUUCUCUAGCAAGUGAGCGGUAGUCAAGCAUUGUGUUUCAACUGCGAAAGUUAAGAGGGGGCGCGGAGCAUAUACCAGAUCUGCUCUGCGUGGGUCUAGGAAGCUCGUCAGCACAAAGCCAAACUUAGACAAUGACCCUCGAGACUUUCUCUCUAGCUGGGGGGUUCACUGAGCUCAGCCAUUCCCCUGGGCAACCUCCCGCCGGAGGACGCCUUCUAGAGCGCGGGUGUUUACUCUUUUCCCGGACUAGGCGGAGAAGACGCGCGGUCUCACACCCCGGGGGAUUCCAAACCGUUACUCCGCCUGCCGGGGUGGGGCCAGCGCAACGGCCGAGCCUGCGCACUGGAACUGGCCGGCUCCAAGGCCCGGGCGCACUACAAGUCCCAGCAGGCAUCGCUCCGCGGAGUGGGCCGCCGCCUUACCUGCCUCGAGCUUAUUCCUGCCGCUUCCACCGCUUUCUCCCUCCCCCGUUCCCGUCGGUGUUCUUUCCACAGUUAAAAGGCUACUUUCUGUUGAAGCACAUGAGAAGCUUCAGCACCCUUAACACCGAAGCUCUUCGCGUACUCGCUUUUUCUGCCUCUGUCCGAACUAUGCCUGACUUCCUCACCGGAGUGGGGCAGCGGAGGGUAAAGAGGGAGGUCCGCGCGGCCCCGGCCGGGCGACCUGGCCGCACUUCCGCCUCCCGGGCUCCGGAAGGUAGCACGCACGCGCUCGCUGCGACUCCGGCGCGGCUGACUUCCGCUCCCACUGUGCUCUGCGAGCCGAAUCAUGGAUCACACUGACAAUGAGUUACAAGGCACUAAUAGUUCUGGAUCGUUGGGUGGUCUUGAUGUUCGCAGACGAAUUCCUAUAAAGCUCAUCUCCAAACAAGCGAACAAAACCAAACCUGCACCUCGAGCUCAAAGGACUAUAAACAGGAUGCCUGCAAAGGCUCCGCCUGGUGAUGAAGAAGGAUUUGAUUAUAAUGAAGAAGAACGGUAUGACUGUAAAGGGGGUGAACUGUUUGGAAAUCAGCGAAGAUUUCCUGGACACCUUUUUUGGGACUUUCAGAUUAACAUCUUAGGUGAAAAGGAUGAUACACCAGUUCAUUUCUGUGACAAAUGUGGAUUGCCUAUUAAAAUCUAUGGACGAAUGAUUCCAUGCAAACAUGUUUUUUGCUAUGACUGUGCUAUUUUACAUGAAAAAAAAGGAGAUAAAAUGUGUCCAGGCUGCAGUGAUCCUGUGCAGCGAAUUGAGCAGUGUACACGAGGUUCUCUCUUCAUGUGCAGCAUUGUUCAAGGGUGCAAGAGAACGUAUUUGUCUCAGAGAGACUUACAGGCUCAUAUCAACCAUCGCCAUAUGAGAGCUGGAAAACCUGUUACCUGUGCUUCACUUGAAAAUGUUCAUCCUCCUAUUGCCCCACCACCAACUGAAAUCCCUGAUCGUUUUAUAAUGCCACCAGAUAAGCACCAUAUGAGCCAUAUUCCGCCCAAGCAGCACAUCAUGAUGCCACCACCUCCUUUGCAGCAUGUGCCGCAUGAGCACUAUAAUCAACCACAUGAGGAUAUUCGUGCUCCUCCAGCAGAAUUGUCCAUGGCUCCACCUCCACCUCGUUCGGUCAGUCAGGAAACCUUUCGUAUUUCAACAAGAAAACACAGCAAUUUAAUAACUGUCCCUAUUCAGGAUGACUCAAAUUCAGGUGCUAGAGAACCACCUCCUCCUGCCCCAGCACCUGCUCACCAUCAUCCUGAAUAUCAGGGCCAACCAGUGGUAUCGCACCCUCAUCAUAUUAUGCCUCCACAGCAACAUUAUGCACCACCCCCACCUCCUCCACCACCAAUAAGCCAUCCAAUGCCACAUCCUCCCCAGGCUGCAGGUACUCCUCACUUGGUGUAUAGCCAAGCUCCACCUCCACCAAUGACCUCUGCUCCACCACCAAUAACCCCUCCCCCUGGACAUAUGAUUGCCCAGAUGCCACCUUAUAUGAAUCAUCCUCCUCCAGGACCUCCCCCACCUCAGCAUGGUGGUCCACCUGUAACUGCACCCCCUCCUCACCAUUACAAUCCCAGCUCUUUACCCCAGUUCACUGAAGAUCAAGGAACUCUGAGUCCUCCAUUUACACAGCCAGGGGGAAUGAGUCCUGGUAUAUGGCCUGCACCGAGAGGGCCACCUCCUCCUCCACGAAUGCAGGGCCCGCCUUCUCAAACCCCACUUCCUGGACCACUUCAUCCAGAUCAGACAAGAUAUAGACCAUAUUACCAAUGAUAAUAGUGUUUUGAACUGAAGAUGUGAUAAGGAAAAAACCUUAUGUAUAGUCAAUCUUUUAAUUAAGCUUUGACUUUUGGGAAGGAAAAGUACCUCUUACGGAGGUGGCUAUAAAUCACAUAGGGUCUUAUCUCUUAAAGUGGUUUUAAAUCUUGACCUUAGGAUUGAUUUCAAGUACUAUACUGUAAUGCAGAUAAGUGGCUCAGUUGAGCACAGCUAUAUUUUAACAAUUUUGUUCCCUUAGUAUGGUAAAUUGACCCAGAGGUGACCAUUUGUAAAAGAUUUGAAAAAACUUUUCAUUGUUCCACUUUCAAAGGUAUUGCUUUUGUUAAACCCAAUGUUUAGUUUUCCUUGUGUUUUGUUAACCUGUGUAAAAGGAUUAAAUUUCAAUAUGGUUGUAAAAAUGCUAUUUUUAUGUGACUUUAAGUGCAGCCACAUACUGUUUUUAAAAACCAUGUUUUACCACUAAUUUCCCAAAGUCACAAUAAAAUCCUAAAAGUAAAAAUCUACUAGAAUUUGCUAUAAGGCAGACUGUUAAAUGAUAGAGAAUUAUUUCACAUUUUAGGCACUGAAAUUUUAAGGUAUAGGUAUACAAUGCACUUCACGUGGAUGCCUUGUCAUUUUUAGGCAGCCUCAGGAGCACCAAAACACAUUGGAAUUCCAGUACUGAGAUGUAUUUAUGUUUAUAAUAUUAAAAGGUAUUACUAAUUAUUUGGAAAGAUAGGGCCAAAGUAAUUAACUCUACAGGCUUCAAGUUGGUGGGGGGAUGCUGUUACUCAUUAAUGCUUUUUUACUGAAUGGUUGGAAUCACAUGAUGCACCACACAUACUAAUCUUCAAUAAUGUUAUUUUAUAGAACUGUUUAAAUGGUGUUACUUAGAUGAAAUGUGUUCUACUCUGUUCAUUGUCUUAAACUAAAUAUUUAGGGCUGAAUAGGCUUUAUAUAAUUUCUAUUUAAGUGGGCUCUUGUUUAUUGAAUUGUAAACUAUGGUUUGAAUGCCAUGGAGGAAUUUGAAUAAUCUAUUAAUGAAGGACAUAUUCUUGUAAUCACAAACUUGCAUUUGCUCAGGUUUCAUUGCUGUGUGGUAGGAUUUUUCCUCUAACUUGAAAUUUAAAAACUAUUAUUCCCUAAUCCUUUUGUUGGCAAAGCGGUCUAAACUUGGAACAUUUUAGCAUGGAGUCAACAGUAUAGAUGACCAGGUAAUUUUGUAUUGGACAAGAGAAAAGUAAUGGCUAAAUUGGGAAUUUCAGUGCUUUAUAUGGUGCCUUUAGAGUCAGCUUUUGCAUUAUAGGGGCUAAUGAUAGUCCAGCUAAGAUGACCACUUACAGUUUAUACAGAAUUCAUAUGUAUAAAUCAACCUUCUUAGGAUAUUAUUCUAUAUCCUUUGAAUAAAUCCCUGUGAAAUUUUUCCUCCCCCCUAAAAUGGUGCAUAAUAUAAACAUGAAAUGUGUAGUAUGCAGAUGUCAUUUAUUAGAUAGUUUAUAGUGUAUAAAUUUAGAACAUAUUUCUUUUUGACAAAGGAUGAACUGAUUGCUAAUUUACCAUUUUAUUCUGUCAGGUACAGGCAAAACAAAUCCCCAUUUUGGAUGAUCAGAUGCAAAAUCCUUUCUGAACUUAGAGCAGAAGUUAGAAAUAAUAUAAAUGGCCAUUUCAAGCUUGAUUGGCUAAGGAUAACUAAUACACUUUUUUCUUCUAAGUUAAGCAAGUGAUUUUUUUUACACUUAGUUUGAAAGUCCAGUGUUAAUGCAAUAUUUCUAGUGAGAAAUGCUUGUUAUUAAAAGCAUGGGAGUGAAAUAGUGUGAAAUAAUUGGUGGUGAGUGCUUCUAUCAUAUUACUGUAGGUACUUGGACUGGUGCAAACUUGAUUCCUUUUCAUGUCCCUGGUUAGGGGUUGUUAAAAUAUUACUGUUAAAAAUGCAAACCAUUCUUUUUUUCAUGUAAUAAGAAAAUAGCCAAAUUCAUUUUAAAGCAUCUCAAUUAUUUAUGAAGACCCCUCAUGCUUUUACUGAAAUUCACUAGAGUUGAAUGUGGUAAGAAACCACUUAGCCUAUGUAUUGGACAAAAAAGUCAGUAUCAUGAUAAAGUUUCAUGUUAAGAGAAAUCUUGUAGGCUUUUUAAAAAAUGAUUUAUUUUCGAUUAGAUGUAAGAAAUGUUAUAAAGGGAGGCAGAUCAGAUAAAUGUCUUGUCCCAGACAAAAUUUUCAAAGGAUGUUAGACUUGAAUUCAUCAGUUACAAUUGUUUGAAUGAGGGUGGGUGGGUAGAAGGAUAAUAAAAUUCUGUUAGUGUUUCUUUUCUUAAGGAAAAAGAUGUGAAUCCCAGCCUUAUUUCAGGGAAGCCUUUGAAGCUAUGAUGGACAUAAGUCUAAAUUAAAUGUAUGUAUGUUUCAUUAUAUUGCUCUUAAGACUACUGAGGUGGCAGUUUAAUUCUUAAAAAAAUAAAAUGGAAGCAUAAAUACUA